AUGAUUUUCUCGAAAUCUUUGCCCACCGUUACAUUUCCUCCCUGCUUGGCUGGUGAUGAUUCCAGUGUGACUGAGUCGUCCGUCACGUCCAACGAAGCGAGCUUCGAGGAGAGCAUCCCAGUGGAGCACGUUCAGAGAACACAACAACGUCUCAGAAAAAUUGAGGAGGAUUUCAACGUCUUCUGUGGCUGCAUUGACUGUUACUUUCACGCGUUUGUGCCAACGAAAGUAAAAAUACCACACGGGACGCCACCCAGCCUCUUUGAUCAACCGCGAUGUUGGGAGGAUUACGAUGUGUUCUGCUCUUCAAUUGCUGCGGGGCUCAAUCGGCUCAUCCAGUUAUCUCCCAAACGAAGACACCUAGCAUUUUUAAGGACCCAAGGGCGACGGCUUAAGCCUCCAGUGAGCAUCGACAACACGGAUGGAUGGGCGAGUAGCCCUACAAUUGUGGCAUCACUCCCGGGGAAGGACCGAGCGUUCUAUGCACUGCCCGAAUGGGCGAACGUCUCAAUUGCCUUCGAGGUCAUGCAGCAUAAUGUUGAUGAUCCGAUAGGCAAGGAAUCUGAGAAGAACGAGAACACGUUGACAAGAAUCGCACAUCACGCGCAGAAUAUCUUUGUUGCACAGAAUCGCCUGUUUGUCUUUGUCGUCGGGAUCUUCGGGUCCAGCGCACGGAUAUUCCGAUUUGACCACGCCGCCGCUGUCGUCUCCGAGGCGUUCGACUACACAGAGCGUCCAGAUAUAUUGCGCGAGUUCCUCUGGAGAUUUGUACAUCCACUGUCGACUACUUCUAGCGUUGCUGGUGCUGAUCCGUCAAUACAAAUCCCAGAAGAGGUCGAUAUCUAUCGAGCGCAAAGGCUACUUGACGAAUCAGGAAAACCUCCUCUUUCUCAAGCAGAGCAGAAGAUGUGCAGAUGGAUCACUGUACGUGACAGGAACGGUGGCCUAUUGCGGUUCUUCGCAUUCCGCCUGCUUUACACUAAUCCCAGCAUGUUCUCUCGUGCAUCUUCUGUAUGGGAAGCAUUCAAGGACGGCGAGAAGACAAAAAGAACAUAUGUCAUCAAGGACGCGUGGCGACGGCUGUGUUUUCCGGCCGAAACGGAUUUCUACGAUGUCCUUCAUGAAGGUGUCAAUAGCGUACGCCAUGGCUCUCGCAGCGCCGACGCCUAUGAUCACGUCGACAUAGAUCCAUGCUUACUCGGUCUAGCACAGGACUACAUUGGUGUCGAUUUGGGGAGAAGGGAAUAUCUUCGUUACAAUGCGGGUUGUGAUUCAAUGCGUUGUGCGCAACUCGCGAAGAACCCGAACACAAGCAGAACGUCAUGCACAGAUGCGUGUGUCCCUCAUCGGAGCCUCCUCUCGGGUCAUUGUACCAUUUCCUCUGCUCGCCUUGGGAUGCCUUUGGAUAGCGAACUCGGACGGAGCCACAUGAGACUGGUGUUGAAGACAGUUGGAAGACCGAUCUCACGUUUCACAAGAACAUACCAGUUGAUAGAGGCAUUCCGCGAUGCAAUCAUCGAGCAUACGAGGCUGGUAUCAUCCAGAGAUAUCAGCGAGGGCAACGUGCUACUCGCUGAAGACGAAUCCUUCACCGGCUUCAUCGGUGAUUUUGACCACAGCUUCAAUUGGAAGAUGUUCCUCAAAGAGCGGGGUCUUGAGGUCAGCCGAGAGAGUUGGGAGCAAUAUGCUCGGCAACGAUAUGUAGCGAAUAAUGGGCCGGGGACACGACGGGACGAACCUGGUGAUCAUCCACUCGGUGAGAGAAGACCUAUCAAACGAUGGGCACAGGAGCGAACGGGCACCUUAUACUUCAUUGCUGUCGAAGUGAUGGAAGGGAUCUCCUUACAUGAAGCUCGCCAUGAUUUGGAGUCAUUCUACUGGCUGCUGUUCUGGCUUAUGCUUCGUCACACUAAGCAUGACCAUCAUUAUAGACAGAAGACGAGCGAUCUCUACUUCAAGGCACCCUCGGACAGCGCCCUCGCUGAGUACAAGAGCGUCUGGCUUAUUCAGAAUAUGCCAAUCUUGGUCCCAGGAAACCGCCCGCUCUCGAAAUUGCUGGUUGAUCUCGGAGACCUUUGUCGGCGGAACUGCUUGCUUGUCAAGGACCCGAUUGAACCCCUCACGCAUGAGGCUAUGCUGGCGAGGUUCAACGAGGCACUCGCCAGUCCAGACUGGCCAGAAGAGGACCCCGCUAUCCCGUUGAAACCCGAGCCACAGCCCUCAGAUUCAUCUAAAUCCGAUCUCAGCGAUACCAAUGAAUCACACAGCAUUCGUCGUACGGCCAGCACUCAGGCACCCCACAGCACCCACUGGUUCGAGGAUCGCCUCAUCCGGAGCGCAGACUACCCUGUCCGAUACAAGCACACCCGGGAUUUGCAGAACCUUGGUCAGAAGGUCGCCUUUCAGAGCAGACUCAGUAAACGCAGUCGUGAAGACGACGACGACGACGACGACGACGACGACGAUUAUAAACCAGUGAAGCGCCCGAGAUUAGAAACACACGCACCUCAUCACCCAAGUUCGGACCUGCGUGCGGCGGAGUGGUGGAACCUAGCGGGAAGGUUGAGUGACAAUUGCUUGAAAAUCCUGUCUGCCUCAACGGUCUUGAUGAGUGCGACCUGCCUUGACUCGAGGAGCUCUGACAAGUAA